UUUCCAGAGAAGGAAGGAGGCGGAGGAAGGAAUGCUGCAGGAUGCUUAUUAUUAUGGCUGUCAAACCCAGUGGCGAUUAGAUAAAACAUCCUUUUUCAUGUAAGAUUAACGACGAUGGUAGGCACCAUGUCCGCUGCAGCUGUCGCGGUAUGGCUUGGUUCGGUGUUCACCAUCUUGUCGAGAUCGCAUGCAGACCGUAACGUCUACCCAUCUGCAGGAGUGCUGUUCGUCCACGUUCUGGAGAGAGAGUAUUUUAAAGGAGAGUUUCCUCCCUACCCAAAAGCAGGUGAUGCCAACAGUGACCCGAUCACUUUCAACACCAACCUGAAGGGCUACCCCGACAGGCCGGGCUGGCUGCGCUACAUCCAGCGCACGCAGCACAGCGACGGGGUUCUGUACGGCUCCCCCACCGCAGAUCACGCCGGCAGGCCCUCCGUCAUAGAGAUUACAGCCUACAACCGACGCACUUUCGAGACGGCACGGCACAACUUGGUCAUAAACAUCAUGGGCACAGAAGAGUUCCCCCUGCCCUACCAGGCGGAGUUUUACAUCAAAAACAUGAACGUGGAGGAGAUGCUGGCCAGUGAGGUGCUGGGGGACUUUCUGGGAGCAGUGAAGAACAUCUGGCAGCCUGACCGCCUCAACGCCAUCAACAUCACCUCGGCACUAGACCGAGGGGGCCGCGUGCCCCUGCCCAUCAACAACCUCAAGGAAGGAGUGUAUGUGAUGGUUGGUGCUGAUGUGGCCUUCUCGUCCUGCCUGCGGGAGGUGGAGAGCCCCCACAACCAGCUGCGCUGCAGUCAGGAGAUGGAGCCCUCCAUCAGCUGUGACAAGAAGUUCAGAGCUCAGUUUGACAUUGACUGGUGUAAGAUCUCUCUGGUUGACAUCAACAGAGUAUUCCCGGUAUAUAUAACCCGUCCCGAGCCGGGCAACGGGAUCCUGCCUGAAUUUGGGUUGUACGACCCCCCCUCUGAGACUCUGAUGAGCCGGAACUACUUUUCAGACUUCCUUAUCACGCUGGCUGUUCCCUCCGCCGUGGCAGUAGUCCUCCUCUUCAUCCUCGGCUACACUAUGUGCUGCCGUCGGGAAGGGUUGGAAAAAAGAAACAUGCAAACACCAGACAUCCAGCUGGUUCACCACAACUCCAUCCAGAAGUCGUCCAAGGAGCUGCGGAGCAUGUCUAAGAACAGGGAGAUCUCCUGGCCCCUCUCCACCCUGCCCGUCUUCAACCCAGUGAGCGGCGAGGUGGUGCCGCCCCUCCACCCCGACAACUAUGAGACCACCAGCAUGCCCCUCAUGCAGACGCAGACGAAUCUGCAAAACCAGAUUACGAUACCACAGCAACGGCCAUCAGGAGAUAAUUAUGUCAUGUCAACAUUUCGAAGGCUGGAGGUAAAUGGUAUUCCUGAGGAGAGAAAGGUGGCCGAAGCACUGAAUUUGUGACCAGAGACAACGGUGUUUGAUUUCAUAUACAUAUAUAUAUCUUUGUUUUUUUCUAACAUUUGUGCCAAUCUGCAUGCCCCAGAAGUGUCUUUAUUGUCCACUUACACUUUGAGGAGUGGGUGUGACAGAUCAAAAUAGCGUAGCGAUUUCUAAAGUACAUUUGAAUAUUUUGAAAUAAUGUAUUUGUAAAUGUUAAGACUAUGUUUAAUUAAAACUUGCUUUGCACAAUAGACCUCUCAGAGGAAAAGGGAGUUUUACAUAGCAAUGCUUUAGUUGUCAUGUUAUAAUAUGUAUCAUGUGUCACAUGAUAACAAUAAAUCCUUUGAAAUCA